GAAGGCAAUGGCUGAAUGGCUGACCAAAGCAAGAAUUUUUUCUUAACGCCAAAGCUAGAAAGAUCAUCCCCUCUUCCAUACUCUUCUUGUAUCGCAAUUUCAGACAUCCAACUAAGAAUUAUUAAAGAUUGUUACAUGUGGAUAGACAUGGUUGCAACCUAGACAUGUAUAAGUAUGCUAUCCUCGGAAGAUGCAAAAUGCAGCUUUUGAGUCAGUUUUCAGAGCAAUGGAUACGUGCAAGAGAUGCUUCAUUCUUACAUUGGCCUUGGCCAUUUUCCUGAUUUUCUUUGAAAAUUCAGGGACCACUGUCUUUGGUUUUACUGAGGACAAUGAGCUGACUGAAACCAUGGUGGAGGAAGCCCUGCAUCAUUCACCAUAUUUUAACACAAGGCAAGGGAGAUAUGAUGUGGAAGACGUGGGAGAUGAUGACUGGCUAAUGGUGGAGAGGAACGGGAACCAGUUUGUUGUUAAUGGUCAACCUUUCUAUGUCAAUGGAUUUAAUACCUACUGGCUGAUGGUAUUCGCAGCGGAUCAAUCUACAAGAGGAAAAGUCUCUGAACUAUUCCAACAAGCAUCUUCAGUAGGACUAACUGUUUGCAGGACUUGGGCUUUUAAUGAUGGCCAAUGGCGAGCUCUUCAGAAGUCUCCAUCAGUUUAUGAUGAGGAAGUAUUCAAGGCCUUGGAUUUUGUAGUGAGCGAAGCAAAGAAGUACAAGAUCAGGCUCAUAUUGUCUUUGGUUAAUAACUGGGAUGCAUAUGGUGGCAAGGCACAAUAUGUUAAGUGGGGGAAGGCUGCCGGCCUCAACUUGACCUCUGAUGAUGAAUUUUUCUCUCAUCAAACUCUUAGAAGUUACUACAAGGCCCAUGUUAAGGCUGUGCUAAAUAGAGUCAAUACACUCACAAACAUAACUUACAAGGAUGACCCUACAAUUUUUGCUUGGGAAUUGAUGAACGAACCUCGAUGCACCUCAGAUCCCUCUGGGGAUACAUUGCAGUCAUGGAUAGCAGAAAUGGCAGUGUAUGUGAAGAGCCUUGACGCAAAGCACUUGGUUGAAAUUGGACUAGAAGGAUUUUAUGGUCCCUCGGCACCUGCAAGGGCUCAGUUCAACCCAAAUUCAUAUGCAACUCAAGUGGGAACUGACUUUAUAAGAAACCAUCAGGCUCUUGGCGUUGAUUUUGCUUCUGUUCACAUUUAUGCAGAUUCCUGGAUUUCACAAACUAUUUCUGAUGCUCAUCUCCAAUUCACAAAAUCAUGGAUGGUAGCCCACAUAGAAGAUGCUGAGAAAUAUCUAGGAAUGCCUGUUAUCUUUUCUGAGUUUGGUGUAUCCACGAAAGACCCUGGCUACAACUCAUCAUUCCGAGACACUCUUAUUAGCACAGUGUACAAGACACUCUUGAACUCGACAAAGAAAGGUGGGAGUGGGGCUGGCAGCCUCUUGUGGCAGCUGUUCCCUGAUGGGACAGACUACAUGGAUGAUGGCUAUGCAAUUGUCCUUGCAAAGUCUCCUUCUACAUCGAACAUAAUAUCCCUUCAUUCGACAAGACUAGCAAUCUUCAACUCCAUGUGUUCUUGGAAAUGCCGUUGGGGUUGCAAGAAGAAAAAUGCUCUGGAGACAUUCCUCUACCAUGAUGAUCUGUAAAACCGUUUAUGGAUGAAGGAUCCUUCUAGGACAAGCAUGAAACAAACAGCUAUUAUACAUGUAAAAUGAGAAAUGAAAGAGAAAAGGGGAACAAAUAAGAACUUUGUAGAGAAUGAUAUGGUCUCCACAGCAUGCUUAUCAUCCAAUCAAAUUACUUGUUCCAGCAAUACUUUCUAUCAACCAUUAUAAGCAUUUCUUUGUCUUAUCACAUGUAAUCCAUGUGGAUCAGAAUUUGGA